CCUACAGCAAAGCAUGGUCACACUGCUAUUAGAAUUAAAUAAUUUUGGCAAAAAUUAAAUAAUUUGCUAAUAAACAAAGCCAGCUGUGUGGAAACUGUAGGCCUCAUCAAGGCAUCAUGUUGCGCAUCUACCAGAACUCAUACCGGCGAACUGCAAAAAAAGCCGUUGUCUAUUCCACCAAGGUGGUAUGCUGUAAUCAUUCCACGCUUUGCAAUAUAACUGCCAGCCAUUAUCAACGCAGUGGAAGAGGGGGCAGUUAUGGGGGUCAACAACAUCAACGCCAACAUCCAGAGUUCUUGUUAGCCGGUAAUCCGGCCAGAGGAUGGUCACUGCCGCCUCCCUCACGUGGCUAUGGCAUGCUGGUGGUGCGCAUAAUACGUGGAGCUCUGAAAUUGCGCUACAUUGUGCUAGGCGGAGCUAUAGGGGGCGGCGUCUCCUUAAGCAAGAAAUAUGAAGACUGGAAAGAUGGGUUACCCGACUUAAAAUGGUUGGAGGAUGCCAUGCCACAGGGUGAGCGAUGGAGUCAAUUCUCCAGGAAUCUGCUCGAAGUGGGCAGUGUGGUAAAAAAUGCCAUCGAUAUAGAUCCGAAACUAAAGCAGCUGGGCGAAGAUAAGCUCACAGAGUGGCGAUCCUGGUUCGAUAGCCGUUUGGAUGAUGCAAUUGAGGCGGCCGACAUUCAAGGAACACAAAUAAUUGACACCAAGGAAGAUCUAAAGGCCAAGACAACAGUAGCAGCUUUGGGUAUCUCAGCAGAUGAGAGUCGUAAGAAAUAUGAUAAGCUUCAGAGUCAGGUGGAGACACUGCAGACGGAGAUUAUGAAUGUCCAGAUCAAGUAUCAAAAGGAGCUGGAGAAAAUGGAAAAGGAGAAUCGAGAAUUGCGUCAACAGUAUCUCAUUUUGAAGACUAACAGGAAGACAUCGGCCAAGAAGAUCAAAAAGUCUUUGAUUGAUAUGUACUCAGAGGUGUUGGAUGAGUUAUCUGGCUAUGAUACUGGCUAUACCAUGGCGGAUCACUUGCCUCGCGUCGUGGUCGUUGGAGAUCAGAGCAGCGGCAAGACUUCAGUGCUUGAAUCUAUAGCCAAAGCUCGCAUCUUUCCACGCGGUAGUGGUGAAAUGAUGACCCGAGCACCAGUCAAAGUCACCCUGGCCGAAGGACCCUAUCAUGUAGCCCAGUUCCGUGACUCGGAUCGCGAAUAUGAUCUCACCAAGGAAGCAGAGCUUGCCGAAUUGCGGCGUGAGGUGGAAUUUCGUAUGAGAGCUUCGGUUCGUGGUGGCAAGACUGUGAGCAAUGAGGUCAUAUCUAUGACAGUCAAAGGUCCAGGAUUGCAGCGCAUGGUUUUGGUUGAUCUUCCAGGCAUCAUUUCGACCAUGACUGUGGAUAUGGCUUCGGAUACCAAGGACUCGAUUCAUCAGAUGACCAAGCAUUAUAUGAGCAAUCCAAAUGCAAUUAUUCUUUGCAUUCAAGACGGUUCGGUGGAUGCAGAGCGUAGUAAUGUAACCGAUUUGGUCAUGCAAUGUGAUCCUCUCGGUAGACGUACAAUUUUCGUGCUAACCAAAGUGGAUCUGGCCGAGGAAUUAGCCGAUCCUGAACGGAUUAGGAAAAUUCUCUCCGGCAAACUCUUUCCCAUGAAGGCUUUGGGAUAUUAUGCUGUAGUCACAGGACGUGGACGCAAGGAUGAUAGCAUCGAUGCCAUACGUCAGUAUGAAGAGGAAUUUUUCAAGAAUUCCAAAUUGUUCCAUCGACGCGGUGUCAUAAUGCCCCAUCAGGUGACAAGUCGAAAUCUGAGCCUGGCGGUUUCGGAUCGUUUCUGGAAAAUGGUACGCGAAACCAUUGAGCAACAGGCCGAUGCAUUUAAGGCUACAAGAUUUAAUCUUGAAACUGAAUGGAAAAACAAUUUCCCAAGACUUCGUGAAUCUGGCCGCGAUGAAUUGUUCGACAAAGCCAAGGGCGAAAUAUUAGACGAGGUCAUUAACCUAUCACAAAUCUCUGCCAAAAAGUGGGAUGAUGCACUUACCUCUAAGCUGUGGGAGAAGCUAUCGAAUUAUGUUUUUGAAAACAUUUACCUGCCCGCCGCACAGUCAGGUUCUCAAAAUUCCUUCAACACUAUGGUGGACAUUAAAUUGCGGCAAUGGACUGAGCAGGCAUUACCUGCCAAAUCCGUUGAAGCUGGCUGGGAAGCUCUCCAACAGGAAUUCAUCCAUUUGAUGGAACGUUCCAAGAAGACCGUUGAGCACGAUGGCAUUUUUGAUCAAUUAAAAGCAGCUGUUGUGGAUGAGGCUAUACGUCGACACACUUGGGAGGAUAAGGCCAUAGAUAUGCUAAGGGUGAUACAACUCAAUACGCUGGAGGAUCGUUUUGUUCACGACAAAGCAGAAUGGGAUAAGGCUGUAAAAUUCCUUGAAGAUUCGGUGAAUGGCAAACUUGUACAAACGGAGGAGACACUGGCGCAAAUGCUUGGACCUGGUCGAGUGAAACGCUUCACACAGUGGCAAUAUCUUUCACAGGAUCAGGAAAAGCGACGCAGCGUUAAAGGUGAACUCGACAAAAUACUCAAAAACGAUGCGAAACAUUUACCUACACUAAGCUAUGAUGAAUUGACAACAGUGAGAAAAAAUCUGCAGCGUGAUAAUGUGGAGGUCGAUACGGAUUACAUUAGACAAACAUGGUUUCCCGUCUACAGAAAAUACUUCCUUCAACAGGCUCUGCAAAGGGCAAAGGAUUGCCGCAAGGCCUAUUAUCUGUAUACCCAACAGGGAGCCGAGUGUGAGGUCUCUUGCAAUGAUGUUGUGCUUUUCUGGCGCAUUCAAAAGGUCAUCAAGGUAACGGGCAAUGCUCUACGCCAACAGGUGAUAAAUCGUGAAGCUCGAAGGCUUGAUAAAGAGAUCAAGGCGGUGCUGGAUGAAUUCGGUGACGAUGAGGAAAAGAAGAGCCAUCUGCUAACGGGCAAACGUGUGCUUUUAGCCGAGGAGUUAAUUAAAGUUCGACAAAUUCAGGAGAAACUGGAGGAGUUUAUUAAUUCAUUGAAUCAGGAAAAAUAAUCAGUGUCCAUGACCAAAGAUCCACCACGAGUUACUUAUUUAAUUAUUUUUUAUAAUCUAAGCUCAACAACAAAACAAAUACCAUACCAUGAAUCGUUGCUUUAAUAAAUCGGAAAAGAUUGUUAGUUUGUAUUUACUAAAA